UCCGCUCCAUCCCAACACGGAAGCAACAUCGGGGCCGCAACCGCAGAUUUGUGGUUGGUUCGUGUGCUUGUGCAGGGCUGGCGCUCUGUUCGGAAUCCGUCCGAGCAUGGACAGCACGUGUGAGGAGAGGACCGCGAGCGAUGGGAGCGACGAGGCAGAGUCUGACUUCGCAGAAGCCCCGGCCCGGAUCCGGGACACCCCGGAAGACAUUGUGCUGGAAGCACCGGCCAGCGGGUUGGCUUUCCACCCAACCCGCGACGUGCUUGCGGCCGGGGACGUGGAUGGGGACGUGUUCGUCUUUUCCUAUUCUUGCCAAGAGGGAGAAACUAAGGAGCUCUGGUCCUCAGGCCACCACCUCAAGGCUUGCCGAGCUGUGGUCUUUUCUGAAGAUGGACAGAAACUUGUUACUGUUUCUAAGGAUAAAGCCAUCCAUAUCCUAGAUGUGGAGAAGGGCCAAUUAGAAAGACGUGUUUCUAAGGCUCAUGGUGCUCCCAUCAACAGUGUGCUGCUGGUGGAUGAGAAUGUUCUGGCCACUGGGGAUGACACAGGUGGUGUCCGGCUGUGGGACCAGCGGAAGGAGGGCCCCUUAAUGGAUAUGCGGCAGCAUGAGGAGUACAUUGCUGACAUGGCUCUGGACCCAGCCAAGAAGCUGCUGUUGACAGCCAGUGGCGAUGGCUGCCUGGGUGUCUUCAAUAUCAAAAGGCGCAGGUUUGAGCUACUUUCAGAGCCUCAGUCUGGGGACCUGACCUCUGUCACUCUCAUGAAAUGUGGGAAGAAGGUAGCAUGUGGCUCUAGUGAAGGUACUAUCUACCUCUUUAACUGGAAUGGUUUUGGGGCCACAAGUGACAGAUUUGCCCUGAGAGCUGAGUCUAUUGACUGCAUGGUUCCAGUCACUGAGAGUCUACUGUGCACGGGGUCCACUGAUGGCAUCAUCAGGGCUGUGAACAUUCUGCCAAACCGAGUAGUAGGCACUGUAGGCCAGCAUGCUGGGGAGCCGGUGGAGGAGCUGGCUCUUUCCCACUGUGGACGCUUCCUGGCCAGUAGUGGCCAUGACCAGCACCUCAAGUUUUGGAACAUGGCCCAGCUGCGAACUGUGGUGGUGGAUGAUUACCGUCGACGAAAGAAGAAAGGAGGGCCACUGCCUGCUUUGAGCAGCAAAGCCUGGAGCACUGAUGACUUCUUUGCAGGGCUGAGAGAAGAGGACUCUAAGGGUCCAGAAGAAGAGAGUGAGGACAACAGUGACUGAAGGGGCCGGGGAGAUGGCUCAGAAGAAUAAGCGCUUCUGUGGCAAGUGCAAGGGUCUGAGUUCAAUCCCCGGUUCCACAAAAAAAAAAAAAAAAACAAAACACCCAAAAAACAGUGACUGAGGAUGAGGACAAUCUGUUGGAUCAGAAAUUUUCAUUGAGCAUGAGGCUUGCUUCCUAAGACGAACUCUUAGGUCAUGAAAUUUGGUGCACGUGCAUCCAAAGCACAUAGUCACAAGACACAAUUAUAUUAACACUUGUUGUACAGGGGAUCAGAACUCAAGAGUACUUAAAACAGGGAGGUUAUGCCCUGUAGCAGCUAGCUGCUCAAUCUGCCAACGUAAGACAAAUCCUUGAAUAUAUUAAGACAAUGCAGACGUGUGUAUAAACUAGGAGUUUAAUAUAAAUACAACCAGCAUAGAAAAGCUCAAAACCAUAUACAAAA